AGACAGGGGUAACUGGAGACAGAGACAAGAGACACAAGCCGAGCCUUCCUGUGUGACUUCAACUGCCCAGAGAGCAUCAUGGACCUGGGGAAGCCCACGAAAAACGUGCUGGUGGUGGCUCUCCUGGUCAUUUUCCAGGUGUGCUUCUGCCAAGAUGAGGUCACAGACGACUACAUCGGCGAGAACACCACCGUGGACUACACCCUGUAUGAGUCGGUGUGCUUCAAGAAGGAUGUGCGGAACUUUAAGGCCUGGUUCCUCCCUCUCAUGUACUCAGUCAUUUGCUUCGUGGGCCUGCUAGGCAAUGGGCUGGUGGUGCUGACAUACAUCUAUUUCAAGAGACUGAAGACCAUGACGGAUACCUACCUGCUCAACCUGGCCGUGGCAGACAUCCUCUUCCUCAUGAUCCUUCCCUUCUGGGCCUACAGCGAAGCCAAGUCCUGGAUCUUUGGUGCCUACCUGUGUAAGAGCAUCUUUGGCAUCUACAAGUUAAGCUUCUUCAGCGGGAUGUUGCUGCUCCUGUGUAUCAGCAUUGACCGCUAUGUGGCCAUCGUCCAGGCCGUGUCAGCCCACCGGCACCGCGCCCGCGUGCUUCUCAUCAGCAAGCUGUCCUGUAUAGGCAUCUGGACGCUGGCCUUUUUCCUUUCUAUCCCUGAGCUGCUCUACAGCGGCCUCCAGAAGAACAGCGGCGAGGACACGUGGAGAUGCUCCCUGGUCAGUGCCCAAGUGGAGGCCUUGAUCGCCAUCCAAGUGGCCCAGAUGGUUGUUGGGUUUGUACUGCCUAUGCUGGCUAUGAGUUUCUGCUACCUGGUUAUCAUCCGCACUCUGCUCCAGGCGCGAAACUUCGAGCGGAACAAGGCCAUCAAGGUGAUCAUCGCUGUGGUCGUAGUGUUCGUCGUCUUCCAGCUGCCCUACAAUGGGGUGGUCCUGGCCCAGACCGUGGCCAAUUUCAACAUCACCAAUAGCAGCUGCGAAGCCAGCAAGCAGCUCAACAUUGCCUAUGACGUCACCUACAGCCUGGCCUCCGUCCGCUGCUGUGUCAACCCUUUCUUGUAUGCCUUCAUCGGCGUCAAGUUCCGCAGCGACCUCUUCAAGCUCUUCAAGGACUUGGGCUGCCUCAGCCAGGAACGGCUCCGGCAGUGGUCUUCCUGCCGCCAUGUACGGCACACGUCCGUGAGCAUGGAGGCGGAGACUACCACCACCUUCUCCCCGUAG